GUGAAUAAUAACAAUUCAUAAUAAGAAUAACAAAAACAAGAGUAUCCACUUAGUUUGUCUUUGUUUACUUAGAUCACAUAUACACGCAUGAUAACACCGUUAUUGUGAUGUUCGGAUACAUUCAGGGACACUCGGUAGUGACAAUGAGGGAGUGUCAUUUGGAAGCUGAGUUUGUGAGUUGGAGAUACAUAUAUGGUGUUGGAAUUGCACUGUUGUUGGUGUAUUCAGAUCAGAAUAGAGUUCUAAAAGAUCGCCAGACGCUAUGUAACUCUUUGGGGAGCUACACUGUUGUUAUGCUGGUUGGCCCCUGUGAUGCCUAGCGUCUUGUCCCACAAACCUUAAGCAUCCCAGUUCAAUGGGCUGCCAUCUUGCCCGCCAACCGUUGUUCCUCCCCCAACUCCACGUGCUAUGUCCUCUUUCUUUCAUGCGCUUCCUCUGUUCUGUCCUCCCAAGGCACCAUGAACUCCCAAGAGAAUUACCGAAGUGAGGACAAUGUCUGUUCUUGUAAUGCCUGCUACUGGGAACUUCAACUGCUGGGAGGAAGACCUGCAGAACACUCACUCUGGAGAAGGAGAAGGGUCAUAAGGAGAAAGGCAACCGUGCUCCUCAGCGAGGACAGUGACGAUGUCAUCCAUACAUCCUAGUAACAUGACAUGCAACAUCACAGCAGAUAUCUCACAAAGCUCACAAGAGCUUCUAAGGUAAAAGAAUAUCAUCUCGGCGAGAGUUCGCGUGAACUUCAGUGUCCGACCCUGAAACAAAACAUUGAACAAAAUUCAAAGAGUAGAAGUCCUAGCGCCAAGACAGCCGCUUUGGGUCCGGAGGGUCGUAGUGCUUCAUCGUGGGAAGGAUCGCUUGGGUGGAAGGAGCCCUGACCAAUACCCAAGGCUUCCUUGAUCAAGAUGUCAAGUUCCAACCCUUUGGCAAUGCUGGAGCAGAGAACAGCUGAAGCUGACAUGCUCAUUGAAUACCUCAUAGAACACGUUGAGCUGCUCAAAGAAAACGCCACUUGCCUCCUUGCAGCCAUCCAAGCCAACCUCAGAAAGGAGAAGAAACUGCUGGCGGAGAAUGCCAAACUGAAGCAGGACAUUGAUGAACUGAAACGGCAGCUGCUGGAGAAAGAAAGGAGUAGAGGAGUUAAAGUGUUGGAUGUAUCCGUGCCAAAAGUGGAAGGCAGCACUGAGUGCUCUUCCCAUGCCGCUCCUCCCCAGCCUGCUGCUCCGGCACACUCUGCAACCUCCGUUGCCGCCGCUGUCAAGUACUCUCCCAAGUGACAACAAAAUGAAACCAGAGGAAAAAGUUGACAGAUGGACUGCACAUUAACAUUCUUCCCAUUAUGAAUACUUUUGAAGUCGUGACGUGCCAUUAAAAUUGACUUUUGAUGUCCAUCAAGCAA